AUGGGAGACGCAAGGUCGGCUGCGUCAUUGUCAAUGGUGAGUUCGAUUGAAGACAAAGACAGCCUGUCAUCCGACGAGUCCGAGGUCGAAGUAAUCUCGCCCACCGAAGACGCCUCGCAGCGCCGAAAGAACCAGAAAGCCAACUUCGAAGCAUUACUCGCCCAGCGGGCUGAUACCUGUGACGAGAGAGUUGAGCGCUCUCAAGAUACCCAGGUAUCGACAGCUCGACUGUUCGCAUCGAAAGAUAACCAACAGGGCACGCUAGACCCUCGAGAAUACCAGAUAGAAUUAUUUGAAAGAGCAAAGGCCGAGAAUACGAUCGCGGUUCUAGCUACAGGAGCUGGAAAGACACUGAUAGCUGUACUGUUACUAAAACACAUUAUCGAGAGAGAACUUAACAACCGCGCAGAUGGAGGGUCCCACCGAAUUUCCUUUUUCUUGGUUGAUAGCGUGACGCUUUCCUACCAACAAGCAGGAGUUUUGCGAAACAACCUCGAUUCAAGCGUCGGUCACUUAUUCGGAGCUCUGGGCACUGACCUUUGGAGCCGGGGGGCCUGGGAUGAAUUUCUCAAAAAGUACAUGGUGAUUGUUUGCACUGCAGAAAUCCUACAUCAAUGCUUGCUUAAUGCCCACAUCAAGAUGGAACAGAUCAACCUCCUGAUCUUUGAUGAAGCCCACCAUACGAAGAAGGACCAUGUUUAUGCACGGAUCAUAAGGGACUCAUACCUUUUGGCUGAAUCGUCAAAAAGGCCACGAAUUUUUGGAAUGACGGCUUCUCCAAUUGACACGAAAGGCGAUGUUGCAGAGGGUGCUAUGAACCUAGAAUUAUAUCUGGAUAGCAAAAUUGCUACAGCGUCCCAGCUAUCCCAAAUACACAAGUUCAUCAAGCGUCCCACUGAGGAGCUAUGGUUUCAUGAUAGACUUGAAUCACCUUUUGGAACCAAGCUUUACAAUCUGAUGGAAAGUCGUUUUGGUGACAUUGAGGAUUUGAAGUCCGUUUUUCGAUUUUCCUGGCAAGCGAGUUCUGCUCUCGGUAGAUGGUGCUCAGAUGGGGUUUGGAGGCACAUCUUUUCUGCCAACGUGCUACCGAAACUCGAAGGGAAAUCAAGGGAGGAGAUGUCCCGAUUGCAAGAAGCGGGCGAUAUUGCUAAGGAUCAUACGCUUAAUAGUCCAGAUGAACGAGGCCAAUUAAGUCAAAAGGUCCUCAUUCUCCAGAAAAAGCUCACCGAACACUACCAGAACAACCCAGAAACAAAAUGCAUCGUUUUUACGACAAUGCGUUAUACUGCCCUUAUGUUGCUGGAACUGUUUACAGCUUUGGAGAUUCCGUAUAUAAGACCUGGGCUAUUGAUCGGUGCGCGAUCUGACGACCUAACAUCGGCGAACAUAUCAUUCCGUCAACAGUUUCUUGCCCUUGUUAAAUUCAGAAGUGGGGAGAUUAACUGUUUGUUUGCUACUUCUGUGGCCGAGGAAGGCCUCGAUAUCGCCGAUUGUAAUCUGGUUGUACGGUUUGACUUGUUCAAUACCAUGAUCCAAUAUGUUCAAAGCCGUGGCCGUGCUAGACAAGCAAACUCUACAUAUGCGAGUAUUGUGGAGAGAGACAACGAAGGACAACAGCAACGCCUUCUUGAGGUUCGUGACGCGGAACAAAUUAUGCAAGUUUUCUGCGAAUCACUUCCAGAGGAUCGAAUCUUAAAGGGAAAUGAUGGACCUUUGGGAUUCUCGUACUCGGAAGAAGUCGAAAGGGUGUACACAAUCAAGCGUUCGGGUGCGAAGUUGACUUAUCACUCCGCUUUGGCUGUUUUAUCGCGGUAUGCAAGUAGCUUGCAAUACGAAGGUGAUAUCUCAGGUCAAGUUACCUAUGUGGUUCUUCCAUCGAAAGAUACGUUUGUCUGUGAAGUAAUACUGCCGGAGAGAUCUCCUAUAAGAGGCUUAAAUGGCAGCCCGGCGAUGAACAAAUCGACCGCAAAACGAUCAGCAGCCUUUGAUACUUGUGUUUUGCUGAGGAAGCACAAGUUGCUUGAUGAUAACUUCAACUCCGUUUAUCGGAGGCGCCUGCCAGCCAUGAGAAAUGCGAGGCUUGCUAUAACCUGCAAGAAAACCAAUCAGUAUGACAUGCUGCACAAGCCGUCCCUUUGGGCCAGGGAUCGUGGUAUACAACCGGAAAGAUUAUAUGCUACUUUUUUAGCAUUUAAGCCCACCAGGCCACUUUCACGAAGGCUAGCGAGCAUGGUUCUCUUGACCCGAGAGAGGUUACCACAACUCCCAAGCUUUUCUAUAUGGCUCGAGGAAGAGGACGUGGAGACAGAGGUUCAAUUUGUUUCUGUUGAAACAGCUUGUGUAUUAUCAAUGGAGAUGGUCAGUGCCAUAACUGAAUUUACACUCCGGGUCUUUCUUGAUGUCUUUCAAAAGACGUACAGCUGUGAGCCCGAGAACAUGCCGUACUGGCUCGUCCCUGCAAGCACACAAAACGCUCCAGAAUCCGAUGUUGAUCCGUCAACUUGCAUUAACUGGGAUACUGUUGCUUUGAAAGAUGAUUUUGACGGACUAAACUUUUCAGAGAUAACGGAUCCACAGUUCCUAUGUGACCGGUUUGUGUUUGAUCCAUGGGAUGGCCGCUGUCGGUACUUCACCCUAUCUGUCGAUGAAAGCCUGAAACCUUCAGAUCCUCCGCCUUCAUAUGUUCCCCAUCGCCGACACAUGGACGACAUAAUGAACUAUUGUAUAAGCCUGUCAAAAAACUCACGAGCCCAUUUCCUGUCCAAGUGUAGUUGGAACCAACCAGUCUACAGAGCGGAGCUGGUCCGACUUCGAAGGAACCUGCUCGACAAAAUGUCAGAUCAGGAGAGAAAAACAGAAACGAAGUGCUUCGUUUGCUUGGAGCCCUUAAAGAUAUCGGCGCUUCCCGUUUCUGUUGCAGCAUCUUGCCUUGCUUUCCCCGCUAUAGUUACCAGGCUUGAUGGCUAUUUAAUAACCCUAGAGGCUUGCGCAGAGCUGGAUCUCAUUGUUAAACCAGACCUUGCCUUGGAGGCAUUCACUAAAGACUCUGACAAUACCGAGGAGCAUCGUGCCCAACAAAUCCAGUUCCAGAGGGGAAUGGGGAAAAACUAUGAGCGUUUGGAGUUCUUGGGGGAUUGCUUUCUCAAGAUGGCAACAUCAAUCUCACUCUUUGCACAGAACCCCGACAACGACGAGUUUGACUUCCACGUCAAGCGAAUGUGCCUAAUCUGCAACAAGAACUUGUUCAACACUGCCAUCAAGAAAGCGAUUUACCGAUACAUCCGCAGUCAAGGAUUUUCAAGACAUACUUGGUACCCCGAGGGGCUUUCCCUAUUGAAAGGCAAGGAUCAUAGUAAGAAGCUUCUUUCCUCGGCGAAGCAUCAUCUCGCAGAAAAGACAAUAGCAGAUGUGUGUGAAGCGUUGAUAGGAGCUGCUCUACUCUCCGGUGGCCGUGAUAAUCGAUUCGAUAUGGCAGUCAAGGCCGUGACUAUCCUUGUUGAUAACGAGGACCACGAAGUAUCUUGCUGGAAGGACUACAUUUCCGUUUAUAAACUCCCCCAUUAUCAGACCGAGAGUGCAACUGGGUUUGAGAAAAAACUCGCGCAAAUGAUAGAAGAGAAACUUGGACACCAAUUUAAUUACCCAAGGUUACUUCAUUCAGCAUGCACUCAUCCUUCCUUCCCUUCGGCGUGGGCUACUGUACCCUGUUAUCAAAGGUUGGAAUUUCUUGGUGAUUCAUUGCUUGACAUGGCUUGUGUAGAGGACUUGUUCUCACGGUAUCCAGACCGAGACCCGCAGUGGCUCACAGAGCACAAGAUGGCUAUGGUUUCCAACAAGUUCUUAGGAGCACUGGCAAUCAAACUCGGACUCCACAAGCACCUCAGACUGUUUAGUACCCCACUGUUUUCUCGAAUCAAUCGAUACGCAGAAGAAAUAGAGGCCGUGGAAUUGGAAAACGAGGUCACGGUCGACUAUUGGACUGGAACUACCGAUCCGCCCAAGUGUUUACCAGACAUGGUGGAAGCUUACCUAGGAGCUAUAUUUGUGGAUUCAAACUUCGAUUUUGGUGUUGUUGUGGCAUUUUACCAACGACACAUAAAACCGUUCUUCCAAGAUAUGGCGAUUUACGAUACUUUUGCCAACAAACAUCCUACAACCUUCCUACAUAAUCGACUGACAAAUGAAUACGGAUGCACGGACUAUUGCUUGAAAGCGGGCGAGAUCCCUGCCGUCGAUGGAGAACCACCCCGGGUGCUGGCCGCUGUGAUGAUCCACGACACUGUUAUCGCCGAGGGAAUAGCCUCAUCGAGUCGUUAUGCAAAGGUGAAAGCAAGCGAAAAGGCCCUGGAUAUGCUGGAGAGCAUUGGACAAGCUGAGUUCCGCGAGGAGUUCAAAUGCAAUUGCCGAGAGACGGAAAAUCCUCCAGAGACGGACCUUGGAACGGCCGUUUGA